CUUAUAGCAACGCCUCUUCCAAAUGUCUCUCGUCGAUAUUCAACACAGCAACCCUCCUUCAGACGAACCCAUCCCGGAGCCUCAUCAACGUCCAUCGGCACCUGUGCUGGGCGCCUUCGCACUUCCACUUAUUAUUUCACCUUCUCCGGCAUCUGUUGAAAUCGAAACAAUACCACCGCCCGAGGCCCUUUCCUCCCCUGACUUUGCAUUAGAUUUCACCCUCGAUGACGAGGGUUUAAGUACCCUUGAAAAAAUAUACCUUUUUUCUCGUAGUAGAUCCGCGCAUCACAGGGUAUUUAUUUCACAUGCUCUACCAGCCUUCCUAGCGCAGGUUUCGCCUAUAGAGGCUGUCGAGUAUGUAUUACCUCUCCUCCCCAGUUUGUCUGUCGAUGAAGACGAGGCAGUGAAAGAGGCUCUAUCAGCGGAGCUUGUUUCCAUCAUGUGGUGGUUUUUAACGCAUUGUCGCUUGGUCGAGGAGCCGAGUGGCCCGUCUAAUGCCGAUUUUCCUCCUCACAUUCAGUCUGACGAUCAGGUCACGUUAAUCUCAGUCCAGGCUUUCACUCCUAUUUUAGCAACACUUCUCCUCAGCUCAAACGGCGUUGUCAGCGGCUCCGCGAGACUUGCCAUUGUUGAAUUACUCGCAAGAACACAUAGGGCCGAUGAUCUCGGAGACAAGAACCCCGAUGACCUAUCUUACGGAUUAUUCGGAGGACACGAAAGGAUCCUGUUCGAAGAAGAGGUUAUUCAGCAACUUGUGAUAGGAAUGGGACGCCUUGAAUCAGGUGAAGAUGAAAAUGACGCGGACGAAGUAUGGUAUACGCCAGCGCUAGAGAUUCCUCAACCAGAUCAUCCUAUACCAAGCAACGGUUCUGUCAAUCCUUAUUUUCCAAGCACGCAAACACCAUUGUCUUCAACCAUACGCAUUCCUGUGACAGCGGUCAUCCCACCGCCCGGUGCCAACCUCCCUAGUCCACCAGUCGGUGUUCCCCCGCCAUAUCAUGAAGCCGAAGUUAUUGGAAUGGACACAUCACCCACGACUAUAUUAUCUCUUCAUCUGGAGGAUGCCAAUCAGCACAGCCCAAUGGAAACUACCGAGGGAUCCUGGGAGCGCGACUCGAUGCCUGGCAUUACGACCUAUUCUGAUUCUGCACAUUCAGAUAUGGACGGACUGGAUGAGGCACAAGACAUGGACCCUGGGGAACAAGCCGCUGUUGGACGACUAUCAAGCAUGAGUCUCAUUGCUGCCGUAGUUGCUGGGGGUGCGUAUGAUACCAACUUCAUCGUGAUAAUCAUAGCUUUUUCCCAUGCAGGAUCAUUGAGGGCCGAGACUCAACAUGCUUUCGUAAGAGAAGUUGAGCGAGUCGGGAAAGAUCCCGUCCACUGGGUCAGAAGAGAGGCGUCCUUCGCGUUGGGUGCUCUUGCAAAAGUCGUUCCCGAUGAGCUUAUCCUUGGCUCGCUUCUUCCGUUGUUUGAAUCUCUACGUGUCGAUCCCGCAUGGCACGUGAGGCACUCCUCCCUUUUUGCUCUUCCAGCACUUUUGUCACGUUUGCCGCCAGGCUUAAGGCGAUCAGUCGCCGUCUCUACCAUUCUUCCUCUGUCACGAGACGAUUCUGCUCCAGUCCGCACUGGGGUCCUGGAGGCUCUAGGGGAAGUUGUCUACACCUUCCAUGGUGUUGACGGCGGACCGCCCGAUGAUCUACUACGUUUGUUCCUCGGCAUGGAUAGUAACUUUCUAGUUCGAGAACGUUAUCGACAAUCGCCGUUACAGCAACUGUCAGCGAAUGCCCUGGUGCAGUUACUUGAUGAUGACCCAGCUCGUCCGCUUGCGUGUGCAUUCAACUUUCCCGCAGUAGCACUUACCCUUGGCCGAGCGCGAUGGGGAGAGCUACGGGGACUAUACCUCACGCUCGCGCGGGACCGCUCGCCUAAGAUCCGGCGGACAUUAGCUGCAAGUCUGGGUGACCUGGCAAAGAUCAUCGGACCAGACAAUGCCCAACGAGAUAUGAUGAACUUGUGGUGGGAUGCAAUGCGAUCUGAAGAUGAUAACGAGAUUAAAUUAAAAGCAAUUGAGGCUGUCCCUCUCUUCGUAGAGGCUUUGGGCGAGGGAAAGGCGAGGGAGGAGGUGAUCACAGGUCUGCUCAAUGUAUGGGAGGAAGGCUGGUUGCGCAAUUGGAGAGCGCGUGAAGGUGUCAUCAAGAUUAUCGCUGACCUCACUGGCGGACCUGAACGACCUGACAACAUACGUGCACUUUUAAAAAAAGCGCUCGAGGACGAUUUUGGCGCCGUCAGGGAGACUGCUAUUUCUGUGAUCUGUCGAAUAGCCUCGCAAGAUGUCUGGAGACCUACUGUCAACAUGAUUCACGAAGAUAUACUUUCGCUAGCUAACUCUCCAAUUUUUCGAAGACGAAUGACGUUUGUCGCAUGUCAGCAGGCUUUAGCAUCCUCAGCAGGUGGGCUAUCAAUCUUAGUGGAUGAUGCAAGGUGGCACACUCUCGAGCGGUUAAGCAAUGAUAGCAUAGUGGGUGUUCGCAUUGGCGUUGCCCGUUUAAGUGGCUCAAUACUUGAAAACGUUUUGCGCGACACGUCCGUAGUGCCCCGGCGAAUCUUUGACAUGAUAGAUCAUCUGCAGCGGGAUUCCUCUGCAGAAGUUCGAUCUUAUAUUCCUAGUAUGACAGACCUUCAGCAAGGCCGGACAAUAUUCCCCUCCCACUCGGAUAGUUUCUUGACCUUUUCCCGCCCACCGCCCUUGUUGUGCUCUUAGAAGAAUAAUCAAGAAGUCACCAGCCGUGUCCUAAUGGCCGCCGGUCGAAUGUUCGGCUGGAUCACACUCUCGCUCUUGACAUGCUUUCCUCGAAGUCACGGUGUAUAUUAACUUUGUUUCUGGACUCCCAUCUGUCUGACUUCAUUUACCUUGUCAUUACUCAAUCACUCAUCUGUAUUCUAAACCUCAUCUGUCAUAAAAGUCAAAACGCAUUUUUCAUAGACCAUGCAUGAUAUUUGUGAA